AUGGCGCCCAAAAUCAAAGCCGUCAAGUCCAAGUCGACGCCCAAGAGGUCGCCUGGCACGCCGCCGGCACCUUUCAAGAAACCAGCAGAAGUCCUUCAACCCUUGCUCGAGACUCUCUCGCCCAAACACGUCUACAUCACUCAUAUCGAUUCCAAGCCCACGGAUUUCAAGAAGAAGAUCUUUCUUGUGCCCGUUGGCAUGAACCUGGUUGUCGCCGCGCUCUUCGUUUUGCGCAUGUACUACAUCCUUCCCUAUUACUUCAAAUUCGUUCAGUCUGCCAUGGGCUACCCCAACGAAACAACCUUCCCGACUGGUGACUCGACCUGGGGACAGUUGCUGUGGGAGGUUGUCAAGCGCGGCGCAUCACUGACUCUGGACUUCAUGCUCUUCGUCUUCGUCUGGCCAUGGCCUGUUGAGUUUGUCUUUGGCCGGUCGUACGGCAACCCGGUCAGCUGGCGAUGGAAAGUUGGCUUCCGAGAGAAGGAAAUCUACGUUCGGCGCAGCCGGGAGUGGGACCAGCAACUGGGUGACAUAUUCAAGGAGAAGGAGAAGAACGAGGCGCUGCAACAGAUCAUCCGACAGGCCUGUUCGCCACUCCUUCUACAGGAAAAGACGGGCUAUCUUACCAUGACCGGCCAGUGGGAUCUCGACUGGCAGGCCAUGAUUGACGCGCAUACGAUGGUGGAUCGUAAGGACAUUGCGCUAGACGCUUUCCGACGUUUGGUUCUGGUGCAUCACGAAGACUACGGCUGGAUGUCUGUGGAGGAAGAGGGGGUGAGCGCCAAGGAGGACGACAGACGGAGACAAGUCUUCCAGUUUAGGGACGCUCUCGCCGCCAUUGGCAAGGAGAACCUUUUCUUCCGCUGGAUCGAGAUUGUGCAGUUCGAGUCCUCGCAACCUGGUGGAUUCGGGCCCGAAAAGCAGGUGGAGGUGGCCAAACAGAUCCGAGACCUGUUCCAGGAGCAGGGCGUCGAUUUCGACCAGGUAUGGCACGAAGCCGUCGGCACAGAUGGUCUGGCCGGCAUGUAA